GCCUUGCGGGUCACUCAUGUCCAUCACCUACAGAUGCUCCUACACCAUGCCAACCUGGCACUUACUCUGACACAACAGGCAGGACUUCAUGCUCUUCAUGCAGUGCAGGAUCAUAUUCCAACACCACCGGUUCUUCGAUGUGUGACAUAUGUCCACGUGGGAGUUCUUGCAACAGCACAAACUCAGAAUUAUGUCCUGCUGGGAUGUAUAGUGAUGUAGAAGGACUUUCAUCUUGCAAAUCUUGUGACACCGGUACAUACACUAAUGUAGUAGGCAGUACAGAAUGUAGAACAUGUCCAGCAGGAUACAAAUGUGCUUCAACAUCUUCUGCACCAGAGAUUUGUCCAGUUGGUUUUCACAGCCCUGCUGGGACUACGACUUGCAUUGGUUGCACUAGUGGAACUUAUGCAUCUUCACCAGGCAGUGGCAAUUGUAAUCUUUGUCCAAGAGAUCAUUACUGUGUUGAUACAAUCUCUGAUCCUGUCCCUUGUGAUGAUGGAAUGUUCAGUCAACCUGGAUCUGUCGUGUGUGAAGCAACCACUGCUGGAACUGUUUACAAUUCAACGACAGGAUUGUCAGAACCAUGCAAGUCUGGAACUUACUACAAUGGAACAACCACAACUUGUGAAGAUUGUCAACAAGGAUUCUACUGCUUAGGAUCAACAGCAUUACCAUCAGCCUGCCCUGGUGGAACGUAUCAAGAUCAGCUUGGCCAAAGUUCCUGCAAACAAUGUCCAAUGGGUCAGUCAUGUCUAGAUCCCGCAGCUGCACCUGAGAACUGUGCUGCUGGACAGUACAGUAUAACUGGAAUGCAAACUUGUGCAUCAUGUCCAGCAGGAUAUUUCAGUGGUGCGACAGCUUCAUCAUGUUCCCCUUGUAGUCCAGGGAACAGCUGCCCCGACGGCACUUCAGAAGUUCCUUGUGACGCAGGAUUUUAUUCCAUUGGAGGAAGUCCAGCAUGCAAUGCUUGUCCAGCAGGUCAGCACACCGAUGGACUAACUAGUGCUUCAGUAUGUUUAAUCUGUCCUGCAGGUUCUCAAUGCAUUAAUCCUACUGUUACACCAGUAGCGUGUGGCAGUGGAGAAUAUAGCUAUGCUGGAGAAACUGCAUGCACUGGGUGUCCCGCAGGUUACUCUUGUAGUGAUGCAGCAUCUCCACCUCAAGCUUGUGCUGCGGGUACUUAUUCCACUGGAAAUGCCCCAAAUUGUGAUCCCUGUCCAGCUGGACAAAGCUGUUUAAAUCCUGCUGAGCCACCACAGAACUGUGAUGAAGGAACGUAUUCUGCACCAAGUCAAAGUUCAUGUACACCUUGCCCAGCUGGAAGUUCUUGCACAAGUUCUACUGCAACAGCAUGUAGUGGAACUGGUGUAUACAGUUUGGAAGGAAAUAGUACUUGUCAUGCAUGUCCUGUUGGUUACAAAUGUCCUAGUCCAGAAUUAGCUCCACAGAAAUGUCCUAGUGGUACAACUACUGAAGGAAAAACUGGACAAACUGUUUGUGUUGAAUGCCCCGCUGAUAGCACUUGUGCAGAUCCAACUACUGGACCAUCAUCUUGCCCAACUGGAAGUUACGUACCUGCUGGAUCUACUUCAUGUUUAUCUUGUCCUGCAGGUGUGAGCUGUUCAGGGAAUACAGUAACAGCUUGUUUGCCUGGAACUUACUCAACAGAAGGAGAAAUGGUCUGCAAUGAAUGUCCUGCUGGUAAUGCUUGUCCUUACUCAGAUCAGGCACUGAUCAAUCCCUGUGAAGAUGGAACAUACUCUCUUGUCAAUGCCAGUUCAUGCACCACCUGCCCAGCUGGAUCAGAAUGCCCCAACACAGAUUCUAAUACAGAAACACCUUGUGGAACUGGUUACUAUUCAUAUGGGGGACAAAAGGCCUGUACACAAUGCCCAGCUGGAAUGAUGUGCCCGAGUACUGAUGGAUCUGGGAAUGCAUAUUGUGUGCCGGGAACUUACUCAUCUGCUGGGGAAAUAAGUUGCACUGAUUGUACUGCUGGAAAUGCUUGUCCUGUUACUACAAAUGCUACAAUAAUUCCGUGCAAACCCGGAUAUUAUUCACUUGAUCGAGCAACUUCAUGCACAAUGUGCCCACCAGGCUAUGAAUGCCCCACCACAACCGCAGCUGAUACUAUGUGCACUGCAGGUUUCUACAGCAUAGGUGGCCAGACGGCUUGCACUGAGUGCCUGCCUGGAUUUGCAUGCCCUUCAAUUUACGACAUGUAUAUGAUUAAAUGUCCUCAAGGAUAUUAUGCUGAAAAAGGAAAAACUGUUUGUACGAUCUGCCCUGCUGGUGAUGAAUGCCCUUCCACAUUGACUUCUGGGUCAACAUGUGCAGAUGGAUAUUACAGUACUGAAGGCCAAACAUCUUGUAUUGCUUGCCCUGCAGGAUUUCAAUGCAGUGACAAAACUAACGUACCACAGCCAUGUGCAGCCGGAACAUACUCAGAAGCAAAAUCAUUUGCAAGUCCUUGUCCAAACUGUAAGGCAGGAUAUCUGUGUCCUGCAAAAAGUACAUCUGCUAAUCCUGGAAAUUCAAAAUGUCCUCUAGGAUUUUACUGUGAAGCAGGAGCUACAACUGCAACACCGUGUGAAGCUGGCACAUAUGGAGCAACAGAACAACUUAAUGUUGCAGCGGAUUGCACUGCUUGUCCUGCAGGAUAUUUCUGCUUAGAAGGAACUAUUGGGCAUCCUGGCACUCAAAAUGUUUGUCCUAGAGGCUAUUAUUGUGAAGAACGCACAGCUAGGGAUAAUCGGUUCCCAUGUCCGCGUGGAACUUAUGGACCUAAUCUGGGCAUGGAGACACAAGCAGAUGCCUGUAAGCAAUGUCCUGCUGGAAGAUAUUGUGGACGUGGUUCAUCCCAAGAUGGUGAGCCAUGUCCAAGAGGCCAUUAUUGUCCCGGAUCAAAUGGGCCAAUAAACCAAACAGUGAACGAACCUACGGCUUGUGUUGCUGGGACUUACACUGCUGAAGAAGGAGGAAGGGCUAUAGAUGACUGUGUAGAUUGUCCUGUUGGCUAUUACUGCUUAAAGGGGGAAACAGACCCCAUUCCAUGUGACAAUGGAACUUUCAAUCCGGACCCCAAACAGCCUGCUGCAACAAGUUGUGUGCAGUGUUCAGCAGGGUUUGCUUGUACAACAUCUGGACUGACUAAUCCAGAUACAGCUUGUGAUCCAGGACAUUUUUGUCCUCUGGGAUCCGAUGAUCCAAGAGCUAAUCCAUGCGCAGCAGGAACAUUUACUGAUUUUCAUAAUGCUACAUCUCAGGAUGAUUGCCAAUUAUGCCCAGAACGAUAUGCUUGUUUUGAGGGUACCGGUGGUAACAAUCUUAAUCCCACAAAAUGUGACCCUGGAUACUAUUGUCCAAAUGGAACUGACCCUGCCAGUGAGCCACCUUGUCCAGCAGGAUCAUGGUCAAACAAAACCAACUUGGCCUGGCUUGAUGAAUGCUGGGAAUGCCCCAGAGGCUAUUACUGUGUAGCUGGUAGCAGUGAACCCCAGGGACCAUGCCCUGCUGGUUACUAUUGUCCACCAGGUACAAAGUUUGAUAAAGAGUUUCCUUGCUCAGCUGGAUCAUUUUCCAACAAAACUGGCAACGUUAGAUGGGAAGACUGUGAUGACUGUACUGAGGGAAAUUAUUGCCCUGAACAUUCUGUAGACCCCAUUCCUUGCCCUCCGGGAACAUAUAAUAAUGAAAAGAACUCCCAAGAUGAUAAUGCAUGUUUAAGUUGUUCAGCUGGCUACUAUUGCCCUAAUAAUGCAACGGAAGAUCAAGUACCAUGUGGAAAGGGAUAUUAUUCUGCUGAUGGAGCAGCAAAUUGUACUAUAUGUGAUGCUGGUUACUAUUGUGAUGGUAACACAACCACAGACGCUACGAGAACAUUAGAGAAAUACUGUCCUGCUGGAAUGCACUGUGCCCCUGGAAGAACAGAGCCACCCAAUUUAUACAAUGAUUCUUGUCCAAUGGGCUUUUAUUGUCCAAGAGGAGACCUGUAUGCCUAUCCUCAACCAUGCCCAAUAGGAACUUUCAGUGACCAAACAGGAUUGAAAGAGAUUUAUAAUUGCACAGAAUGUACUGAAGGAAAAUAUUGUGAUGCUACUAAUUUAACUGCACCGGUAGCAGAUUGCCCAGGUGGUUUUUACUGCCCAGAAGGUACUGGGCCAUCAGACAGUUUUCCAUGUCCAGCUGGAACAUUUUUGAAUGGAUCGGCAGCAAUAUCGUCAAGCAGUUGUACUGUUUGUACAUCUGGCUAUUACUGCCCUACUAAUGGAACUGCGGAACCUACAAUUUGUCCGAGAGGGAGGUACUGUGAACCUGGUACAGGAACAGAUGUGCCACAGUGUGCAGCAGGGACGUAUGGCAACUCGACAGGACUAAAAAGUUCUCUUGAAUGCACCCAGUGUACUGGAGGAUAUUAUUGUUCUGGAACUGGUAAUACUGAACCAACUGGUGAAUGUUCUGCAGGAUUUUAUUGUAUUGAGGGAGCAAGUGUGGCGACUCCAAGAGACAACAUCACAGGAGGCCUGUGUACUCAAGGUGGUUACUGUCCUCAAAAUUCUGCGUAUGUUCAAGCCUGCCCCGGUGGAAAGUAUUCUACUUAUCCAGGCGCUGUUGCUCCUGAAAACUGCACCGACUGUGAACCAGGUUAUUUCUGUUCUGGAUCCGGAUCAGUUGGUAUUACUGGACCUUGUGAUGCAGGUUACUAUUGUACAGGGGGAGCAUCAACUGCUAAUCAACAUCAGGCUGAACCUGGUCAUUUUGCUCCACAGGCGUCUCCGAACCAAACUGAAUGUUCCAUAGGAACAUUUGCUUCUUCUGGAGGUUUUGCUGAAUGUGAGCCAUGUCCUGCUGGAAAAUAUUGUAAUGAUACUGGACUUGUUGAUAAUUUACCAUCCUGUCCAGCUGGAUAUUAUUGUCCAACAAAUUCCGCUGUUCCAACGCCUUGCGGGAAGGGAACAUAUAAUAAAGUGUUUGAAAGUUAUGACCCAGCUGCUUGUGUUCCGUGUACAGCUGGAUCUUAUUGUAGUGUGCCUGGCUUACCUGAACCCGAAGGCUUAUGUGAUGCUGGAUUUUACUGUCUUACUGGAUCAACAACUAGAAGGCCGGAUGGUACAGGCAGCAUAGGAGGACCUUGCCCAGAAGGUCAUUAUUGUAUUAAUGGUACUGAAGUACCUGAGCCUUGUGAAACAGGAGAGAAAUAG